CCGGUCGAGCCGAUUACCCUGGCCCCACCCACUUCCCCGCGGCCACACGUGGGCCCCCACGCGCCCCUCCCCGCACCGGAUCCCAUCCACCUCGCGGCCCGCCGCGCCGGCACCACCACCACCACCCCUCGCCGCCGACGCGUCGCCGUCGCCUCUCCUCCGAUCGAUCCCCCCCCCUCGCAUGCGCCGCCCCAAUGCCCGCGCCCAUCACCCGCGUGGCGAAUCGCAGGAGGCGGCGGCGACAACCCUAGCUCCUCCUCCUCGUCCGACCAUUUCCUCCGCGAUGGGCUCCCGCCGCGCCCGCGGCCGCCGCCUCCUCGCCGCCCUCCUCGCCGCCGCGUUCGCCGUCGCGCUCCUCCUGCUGGUGCCCCGCUCGCCGCGUCGUCGUCCCCACGAGUACGGCGUCGUCAUCGACGCCGGUAGCACGGGGAGCCGCGUCCACGUCAUCGCCUACCGCUCCUCCUCCUCCUCCCCCGCCUCCGCGCUCCCGCGGAUCGACUGGGCGCGCACGGCGUCGAUGAAGGCGGCCCCGGGGCUGUCGUCCUUCGCCUCCGACCCGGGCGGCGCGGGCCGGUCGCUGGCGCCGCUCCUGGAGUUCGCGCGCCGCCGCGUGCCGCCGGAGAGCUGGGCGGAGACCGACGUGCGCCUCAUGGCCACCGCGGGGCUCCGGCUGCUCGACGCCGCGGUGGCCGAGGCUGUGUUGGAUUCGUGCAGGGUGUUGCUGCGGGGAUCGGGGUUCCAGUUCCAGGACGAUUGGGCCACCGUGAUCUCAGGAGCUGAGGAAGGGAUGUAUGCAUGGAUUGCAGCAAAUUAUGCGCUGGGUACCCUAGGCGAUGACUCACAAGAUACUACGGGGAUAAUUGAGCUUGGUGGAGCUUCCGUUCAGGUAACUUUUGUUACGGACAAACCUUUGCCUCCAGAGUUCUCUCAUACUCUGAAGUUCGGUGAUGCCACAUAUAAUCUGUACAGUCACAGCUUUCUACAACUUGGUCAGAAUGUUGCGUACGAAUCACUCCAUGACAUGCUGAGCACACCUGGGCAUAAAUCAAUGGCAACACAUUUAAUUUCUCAAGCUAAGUACAGAGAUCCUUGCACUCCAAGGGGAUUUUCGCCCAUGGAGGGAGCAGUUAAACUUCCUGCCAGUGUUCUUGAGUCGAAGGUUGAGUACAGACCUUAUGCUCAUGCUGUUGGUAACUUCUCCGAAUGUAGAUCUGCAGCACUAACACUAUUGCAGAAAGGAAGAGAGGAAUGUAGGUACCAUGAAUGCCGUAUGGGAGCAGCAUUUGUACCAGACCUUGAUGGGAAAUUUUUAGCAACAGAGAAUUUCUACCAUACUUCCAAGUUCUUUAGGUUGCGUUCUAAGUCUUUUCUUUCUGACCUGAUGCUGGCUGGGGAGAAAUUUUGCCGAGGAGACUGGUCAAAGAUUAAAAAGGAGUACCGUUCUUUCAAUGAGGGGGAGCUGCUUCUUUUUUGCUUUUCCUCAGCAUAUAUUGUUGCUUUGCUGCAUGAUACUCUAAAGGUCCCGCUGGAUGAUAAGAGGAUUGAUGUUGCGAAUCAAAUUGGCGGUGUGCCUGUUGACUGGGCAUUGGGUGCUUUCAUUGUGCAGAAGGCGUCAAACCAGACAGAGUACUCAGAUUCAUCAGUUCCAUAUCUAAACAGCUAUUACUAUUCUGGGUUGGUUCCACUCCUCUUCAUUUCCGCUGUCGUUCUAUUUACAGCAUGCUCCAUCCUGAGGGGGAGAAGAUCUCGCCUGAAGACGGUAUACGACAUGGAGAAAGGCCGGUACAUCAUAACCAGGGUGAGACGAUGAGCCUUGCGCGUCGUCGCUGGGAUUUGGUGGAGCUCCUGCGGUGGGGUGCCAGUGAUCGUGUUUGUAAAUUCUCGUAGUAUAUACACGAUAUCUGCUAGGCAGCCAUAUAUAUGGUUCUGACGUUGCCUUGCUGAAUGAAUCUUGACUGUAAAAGCAGCCCUUUGUAGUUAAUACAACGAUGUGGGUUGCUUUUGCUGCAACGGUCGUGUUUCCAGAAUGCUCAAUGAUGUACUGGUCUCAAAAUAUUGCUGAUGACCUGAUGUAUAGCAGCAAUUUUGUCUCCGUAAAAUGUACCCAAUGAUUUCUCGAGCUGACUAGCUAAAAUUUGUAAAUGUACAUCCAGAGAACAAAUUAUCAAUAUCAGGUACACAACCACCAAAAGAGAGAGUUUUGAAAUUUUGUUC